AUGGUGAAGAUGAAGGAUUUAGAGACCAUCAAAGAGUACUCUAACAAAUUACUCAUAAUUGUCAACAAGGUAAGAUUGCUUGGUACUGAAUUUCUUGAUUCCAAAUUGGUUCAAAAGGUGUUGGUAACUGUUCCUAAAAGGUUUGAGGCUACCAUUUCCUUGUUAGAGAACACUAAAGACUUGUCAAAAGUCAGUCUUACUGAAAUCUUGAGUGCCUUUCAGGCACAAGAACAAAGAAGAUUGAUGAGGAAUGAAGGUUUUGUAGAAGGAGCAUUGCCAGCAAAAGUGCAGUCAAGCCAAAGUGAAAAAUGGAAGAAGAACUGGAAAAGCAAGAAGGAAAGUACAGAUUCAAAUUCUCCAAGCACAAGUAGAAGUUAUAAACUAGACUUUCCUCCUUGUAAGUAA